UCAUUCACGUGUCUACCUCUACCCCGUCUUCUACUUCUCCGUCUUCCAUUUAUGUGUUUAUCCCAGAGUUUGUCACUCCAAAAGAGGGUAACACAAAAAUACCUUACUAAAAAAAAAAAAAAAAUAAAAAUAAAAAAUAAUCCCAGCCACCGUCGGGGGUAACUCCGUAAUUUUUGAACAGAAAACUCCAUUCCCACGGCGUAGGCAGAAGGGUAAAUUCGGUAAAAUAAACCGUCUCCGGUGAUGAUUAAGAUCCACUCCCACACGGCGGAGUGAAUUUCACGGUGUUCUCUUCUCUCCUUCCCCCCCCACACACACGCCAAAAUAAAAUAAAAUAAAAUAUGAAAACGAAUCGCGGCGGCGGAGAGCACGGCAACCACCACGAGGCCCUAAAGUUUUCCAGUUUCUUCUUCAUGCCGGAGCGGCCACGUGAUUACCUCGUGCUCUUCACUCGCUUCUCCGUCCUCACGUGCCUCAUCGUCUCCGUCUCUCUGGUUCUUCGCGCCACUUUUCUAUCCUCCUCCCCACCGGACUAUUCCUCCUAUGGUCUCCAUUUCCCCGCCGUGCCUCAGAAAGCCUUAGCUCUCCCGCCCACCGGAUCCGUCGGGCCCAUCAAUAUCUCCCACAUCCAGUUCUGUAUCGCCGGAGCCGCCGACACCUGGCUCGAUCGGAGCCGUUACACCUCCUUGUGGUGGCGUAAUUCCACCCGUGGAUUCGUCUGGCUCGAUAAACCGGUGAGAUUCCCCAAAAACCACUCCGAUUCCCGAUUCUCGAUCCCGAUUCGAGUUUCCGAUCCAGGCUGGACUCGAUUCAGAUUCUCCAGCUCACGAGCCGCCGUUCGGAUCGCUCGGAUUAUCUGGGAUAGCUACCGGCUAAAUCUCCCCGAUGUGCGGUGGUUCGUGAUGGGAGAUGACGACACCGUCUUCUUCACCGAUAAUCUCGUCAAGGUUCUCUCCAAGUACGACCACGAGCAGAUGUGGUAUAUCGGCGGUAACUCUGAGAGCGUCGAGCAGGACGUGAUGCACGCCUACGAUAUGGCGUUUGGCGGUGGCGGUUUCGCCAUCAGUCGUCCUUUGGCGAUGCGUUUGGCCGCCGGGAUGGACGGUUGUCUCCAACGGUAUUUCUACUUUUACGGUUCGGAUCAGAGAAUCGCGGCUUGCGUUUGCGAGAUCGGCGUUCCGUUCACCGAAGAACGCGGUUUUCACCAGCUUGACAUAAGAGGAGAUCCAUUCGGGUUUCUAGCGGCGCAUCCAUUGGCACCGCUCGUAUCGCUGCAUCACCUCGUUUACUUAGACCCAAUGUUCCCUAACAAAAACCCGAUCGAGUCGUUACAAACCCUCAUGAAACCUUAUAACUUAGACCCACAUCGAAUACUCCAGCAGAUUCAUUGUCAUGACCGCAAGCGUCAAUGGUCCAUAUCCAUCUCUUGGGGAUAUUCCAUUCAGAUUUACACUUACUUCUUGACCGCCAAGGAGCUGGAUACGCCGUUGCAGACCUUCAAAACUUGGCGUUCUUCGAGCGAUGGACCUUUCACCUUUAACACACGUCCCUUGAAACCUGACCCGUGUGAGCGUCCUGUCACUUACUUCAUGGAUGGUGCAGAGGAUGUGCGGGAUAGUGGGACGAAAACUUGGUAUAGCGUAGCUGAUAAAAAUUAUGGUCAUUGCGGGAAGAGUGAGCAUUCUCGGUUAACCCAAGUGAAGAGGAUAUUGGUCACUUCAAUGAAGAUGGAUCCUGAGUAUUGGAACAAGGCACCACGGAGACAGUGUUGCGAGGUGUUGGAAGGAGGAGGAAGAAGAAAGGAUAAAGAAAUGUCGAUAAGGAUUAGAAAGUGCAGAUCUUCGGAGAAGAUAUAGAAACAACGGUUUUUUUUUUUUUUUAAUUAGAGAGAUAUAUAUAUGCACAUACAACUUUAGAUUCGAUCAUAGUUGGUUUCUAAUUAAAUUCCUAGAACCACGAAAUGAUGAUUUUCUCUGCUAAUACCGGGACUCUUGUGUAUUUCAAUAUGCAAACAUUUUCUUUU